UCUCUCUCUCUCUCUCUCUCUCUGUCAGUGGACGUGCUUCUGGAUCCUGAUACAGCUCAUAACUACCUCAUCCUGUCUGCUGAUGGGAAACAAGUGAAAACUGGUGAUACAUCACAGAAUCGCCCUGGCAACCCCAAACGGUUUGAUCGUUAUACCAUAGUGCUGGGGAGGCAGGGCUUCAACUCUGGUAGAUUUUACUAUGAGGUGCAGGUCAGUGGGAAGACAGAAUGGUCUUUAGGAGUAGCCAGAGAGUCUGUUGAGAGAAAAGGGGAAAUAACUCUGAGCCCUACAAAUGGGUACUGGACAAUAUGGCUGAGGGAUAGUCAGUACAAGGCACUAGCUUUUCUCGAUGUCUUCCUCUCCCUGUCAGAGAAGCCAGAGAGGGUGGGGGUGUUUGUGGAUUAUGGGGCAGGUUUGGUCUCCUUUUAUGAUGCAGACAGAUGGAGUCUAAUCUACUCUUACAAAGAUGUUUCCUUCAUGGAGAAAAUAUAUCCCUACUUCAGCCCCUUUAGUUAUGAUAAGAACUUCACUCCACUGGUCAUCACUCCAGUCUCCUGUGCAUAG